CGCUAUGAUCCGCCACACACUACAAUUUUUGUUCUGAGCCGCCACAAUUUGAGGUUACAGUUGCACCCAACGGCAAGUUGUACAGUUCUUUUUCAAACGAGAUGACUCAACAACUGGUUAGACGAAUCCUUAUUCAUUGUUAUCACGGCUGAAUCGGGCAUUGAAUAGACUAUUAUCAACGUGAGAUUAAAAUUUUCGUUUAAUACAACGUUAUUACAUUAAGAUAUGAUAGUUCAAGAGCAUAACUGAUUCAUAAUUCAAAUAAAGUGUUAAUAAUAAUCGAACAUCGAUUCAACGAUUGUGUAUUGUUUACCCCACCUUCCUCGUUUUCUAAAUAUUGGAAGACCCUGGCAACCUCUAUAACCUGAAGCGAUCUAUUUGAGGGAAGAAGGAAGAGAGAAAGCAAAGAGUGACUUUUGAUCCACAAUACAUGACCCGAGCUCAACCAUCACGGUCACGCCGGGUAAUGAACGACAGCGAAGGAUUUACAAUUGCAUUAGUGUUUCGCCGAUCACGUAUUUCAGUAUUGAAGCUUCGUAAUUCUAAAGAUAUAAUGCCGCGUUCACAAUUCCGGCUAAAAGUUAACUUAUCCAAGUUCUUUAAUGAUGCGCGCCGGAUCUGCUGGAUCUUUAUUGAUUUAACGAAAAUGCAACAUAUUAUUCAUAUUAAACAACACAUCAGCAAGAUUUUCGGCAUUAGAGAGCCGUUUCAUUUGAUGCUGCACGAUAGCGAAUAUCUGCCGCCGGUAGAAGAUAUUCGUAUUCUCCUUGAAAACGAAACGAUCAAAGUGAUUCCUGGAUCUGGCAUACACAAUGAAGUUAUUCCAACUAAAUCAGAUAUUACAUCGAAUAUUGGUAAUUUUAUAAAUUCUUUUAAGGCAGAAACGAACAAGAAUGCUGUUCACAAUAAUUUUUCCCAAGCAACAGAUGCUAAAGUUGAUGAGAGUGGUAAAAUAAAUAUGAAUAUAAAUACUGAAUCAGAUAUAUCUAACGAUAUUGCAAAUGAUAUAGACCCAGUUUUGACAUGUAAUAAUACUGCAGAUGUGAUGUUUGCUACUGCAGUUGAUGAUAUGGAAGCACAUUCACAUUCCAAAAUUACAGAUUGCAGCAAUUUAACUGGGAACGGUGACACAACAAAUUCUAUCAAGAGAAAACGAAUCCGAAGACGUAAAUCGAAAAGCAGUUGUCACCAAAAUAGCCAAGUCAGCAGCGAACUCGAUAGUCAAGUUGAUACAUCAUCUAUAGAUGCGAAAAGAGAGAAAAAAUCAAAGAAACCUAAAAUUGUGGAUGAUUUUAUUAUUUCUACUGGAAAACAUAUACGGUUCAAUGAUUCUGAAGAUGAAGAGAAUAAUGAUGUGAAAGAAGCAGAUUGCGAAGUAUCUAAUAAUAAUAAUGUAAAAUCUUACACAAGCAAAGGAACAUCCAGAAAUCUCUCAUCACUUUUAGCAUUAGGAAAAAGCUCAACUCCAGUAACAUUUUCAAAAAAGAUAAAAGAUAUUAGUAAAACAGAAAAUUUGACACCAAUAAUAUCUACGUUAAAAGAAAUGGAAAGUAUGGAAAGCUCACUGGAAGAAAAGGCAAUAUGUACCAAAAAUUCAAGUAAAGCCAAAAAUGGUAAUAGUGUGUCAGAACAGAAUGUCUAUAUUAAAGAGGUUAACAAAAAAACAAAAUCGAAAGAACCAAAUCUUCAUAAAAACUGUUUAGAUUUGGAAAUAAAGAACUUACCAGUUAUGACUAGGAAACCACAUGUUGGAGAUAUUAUCGGCUUCAAGACAUUAAAACUCGGCGAAGAUUACACACCUCAGAUAUCCAACUUUAUUGUAGGCGAAGUUCUAACUUCCUGUGCAGAUACUGCAACAUAUAGUGUAAAAAUAAUUAAGGGUGUGGAAGAGAUUGAGCAACCAUCUGGCAAAUUUUCUCUCUCUGAGGAUAACGACUCUUGGUACGAUGAAAAAGUAUCGUUUACUUUUUCGCAAUUUAUAGAACCUCGUCUGAUUACAGAUAAUCUUUCAUCCUAAAUUGUUUCUGAAACUUGUUCCUACGUCUCAUUCUUAUUUUAUAGUGCAAAUGUAUGGAUAUUUAUACAAUCAAUUUGUAAUUUUCAUUUUCGUUUCUGCAUGUAAGUUUUACUCAGUUUAUGUUAUUUUCAUUUGUUGCACUAUCAGAUCUUUUUAUUAUAUAACGGUUUAACAUAACUGACAGAUUUGCUGUGUACGUUCAGACCGAGUCUACCUUUGUGUAUACAUUCACACUGUCAAAAAUUAUCAAAAAUAUUUAUAUCUCGCAGAGUUGAAUUAAUCAAUUGCUUGUAUUUUAAUAUUUCUUUCUUUAUAAAUGCGACAUACGAUAUGAUGUUAAUUUGCGUAAUAAUAAUGUCAUAUUUAAAACUUCGUGUUUGUUAUAAGACAAUUGUUCACAACGCAAGCUAAGUUAAAAAGUACUUGUAACUCAUUUAUAC